AUGGCCUCGACACAAGCCCUCGGUGCAGCCGCUCUGGAUCGAAAAGCGCGUCUGGCUCAACUGAAAUCUCUCAAGCGCAAACAACCCGACACGCAGGAAGAAGAUUCCCACCACCACCACGACGACUCUUCCGCCCCAAAAUCCCCACGAAAAGACGACAAUCCCAGCGAAGAAUCUGACAUCACCACGAAAUACCUCUCCGGGCGAAACUACGACGCGGAAACGCGCGGGGCCAAACUCGGCUUCGAAGCGGCCCCUUCUGCCAACCAACUCACCCUCGAACUCAAGGCCGAAGCGCUCGCGAAAGAGACCAAACUCGCGGCGGAAGAAGAGGCAAAAGUGGAUGCUCCCCUCGAUCUAUUCAAACUCCAACCCAAGAAGCCCAAYUGGGAUCUCAAGCGCGACUUGGAGAGGAAGUUGGAUGUGCUCAGUGUACGGACGGAUAAUGCCAUUGCGAGAUUGGUGCGGGAGAGGAUUGGGAAGCAGCAGGAAGCGGCGAGGGCAAAGGUCACGAAUGGUCAGAGUGCUGGUGGAGACGGCGAGGGUGAGGCUGAGGAGGUCAUGGGCAUUGAAGGCACCACACUGGUCGAGGCCGUCCAUGUCCGAGAGCGAGAAGACGAGGAAGAUGCGCGGCGAGAACGCGAAGAGGAGGCGGCUUUGCUGGAUGGGAGCUGA